AGCUUUUUUAGCUUCUGUCCUGGAGCUGGAGCACGUCGACUAAUUAUACAAAUAGAUAUUAUUUCUAUCUUCUAAUUAAAAUAAAGAUAUAGUAGACCACGCGUUCAGGUUUAGAAAGCUCCAACCAUCCGCACCAUCCCCUAAAAGUCAACAUCAAAGAUCAAACCAUCAAACUAACGACUAAAAAGCCAUGUCCUCUUGUUUCAUUGGUCUUUUUGAUGGCUUCAGGGAGUGCUUUAAUCCCAAGUCCAUCACAGGCGGUCGCGAUGUUCAUGCCGCUUACUACACCAACUUCCUACAGCCAGGGAGUAAGCUAAAAUUAUGGCUUCCCCUCGUCUUCCAUCUUGGGUGUAGUGAAUUCGUCAUCUCCAAAUGGGUCAUCUGAAACAGAAAAUUAGACAAGAUGAGGAAAGAGGCACUCGUCAGAUCAUUGUAGACUAAGCUCUAAUGAACGGCGAUGCCUCCAAAGCCUCUUUGGCCACGACAGCCAACUCAUCGUCAGGAAGCAGCUCGUCUGUUGCGAGUGGAGCGAAAAAAUGAGGACAGGAAGGAGAAGGAGGAUUUGCCACGUCUGGAUGGGGUGAAAAAGGCGGACCUGCCCUGUUGAGGAUGAGGAGUUUGACAUCUUCCGAGUCACCAUCUUUGGAGGACGAAAAGGUGCUAACUCACUGGUUCUUUCCGACUCCGACUUUGAGACAUGUCUUUCUCUUCCUGAAACCAACCCAGGCUUGGGGAGCUAAGUACAACCAUUGCAGGGGAAGACGAAUCGAUGGAACUCCUGACAUUAUCAUUUUUAUGCGCGUUGAUCAUGAUUUUAAUUUUUCCGCGUCGAGAAAAAUGUCGACGACACUCACAGAUGAACAAAUGCUUCAGAUUCACACCUGAUCUUAAGUUCAGAGUGUACUAAAUCUAAAAAAAGUCUUCGUCCCUGCUGCCGCGUCAUCUCGAUUGCAUAUUCUUCAUCUUGAU